AUGCCCAAUGGGGCCUCAACGCUAUGCACCGACUAUCUCGACUACCCAGAAACAACCACGAGGCCUACACAGCCAGCCAACAACUGGAGUGUGCCAACCGAUCUUCAUGACGCUAGCUCAAGCCGGAUGCUCUCUCACACUGACAUCCCACCGGUCCAAGCCCCAUCAACUGAUGGCCUGAACCUUGUCAACAAAAAUUGA